AUGUCUGUUUCGUCGCAGUCAAAAAAAGUCAUUCCUCGCUUUCGGCCAAGUUGGCAGGUCCCGUGGAACCAGGCACAGUUACCUGGAAAGGCAAGAGACAGGAGGCUGCAGCCCGUGUCCGCUGCUUCCAGUACCGUCUUUAGCCCGGGCAGCGCCGCUCCCCAAGAGGCGAAGCUUCCAUUUCCAUACCAGAGCAUGAGAGGAAAGCGGGCUGGUAGGAACUCCCGACGCGGAACAUUCGUCUACACAGAUUGGACGAAUAUCAAUGUAGCACAACAGGGGGAUUGCAACAGGUAG